AGAAAAACACAACUUGUGGAGUGAGCUGCGAAGAAUAUUCCAAAGCUGAGAGACUGCGUUCCAUUUUAUAUGGCUGCCAUUGCCGUAGUCUCUUCAUUCUUGGAUUCUCUCUUGCAAAUCGUUCUCUUCAAAACUUUUUUCUACAAUGAACACUGCAAAAAAAGCCGCCCAGCUUCUUUCAUCUCACAAUAUCGGAGCUCUUUUCGAUUCCGUCGAGGCCUUUCUCUUCGAUUGCGAUGGUGUAAUUUGGAAAGGCGAUAAGCUCAUUGACGGCGUUUCUCAGACACUUGAACUGCUUCGCUCUAAGGGGAAGAAAUUGGUUUUCGUGACCAACAAUUCCAUGAAAUCAAGAAGGCAAUACGCGAAGAAGUUCUCUUCCCUUGGAAUUUCAGUUACUGAGGAUGAGAUAUUCUCCUCAUCUUUUGCAGCUGCUAUGUACUUGAAGGUCAAUAAUUUUCCUAUAGAAAAGAAGGUAUAUGUGAUUGGUGGGGAAGGUAUAAAAGAAGAGCUACAGCUCGCUGGAUACACAGCUCUUGGUGGCCCAGAAGAUAGUGAGAAAAGAGUUGAGCUGAAAUCAAAUUCCAUGUUUGAACAUGAUAAGAGUGUUGGAGCAGUUGUGAUUGGGUUAGAUCCAUAUGUCAAUUAUUACAAGCUUCAGUAUGGAACCCUAUGCAUUCGUGAGAAUCCAGGGUGUCUCUUUAUCGCAACCAACCGUGAUGCUGUGGGACAUAUGACUGAUUUACAAGAGUGGCCUGGAGCGGGUUGUAUGGUUGCUGCUGUUUGUGGUUCAACUGAGAGAGAGCCUGUUGUAGUUGGAAAACCAUCAACCUUCAUGAUGGACUUUUUAUUGAAGAAAUUUCAAGUCAGCACCUCAAAAAUGUGUAUGGUGGGGGAUAGACUCGACACUGACAUUUUAUUUGGCCAAAAUGCUGGCUGCAAAACUCUUCUUGUUCUUUCAGGAGUGACAAAUCAAUCCACUCUGGAAGACCCCUCAAACAAUAUCCAACCAGAUUAUUAUACGAGCAAGGUGUCUGAUUUCCUCAACUUACUGGGACCGUGAUCUCAUUAUUUCAAUCCGAGACAUUGUUUCAGACCAAUUGACAAGUCCACUGGAUCCACAUAUUUUCGUAGAUUAAUCGUUCAUGGACUGUCAUUUUGACAAAAUUAUUCCCAUCAAUUGAAAUAAAUUAUGAUCGUGUUAUACUUGCAUGUUUUCUUGCUUGCAAGGCUAUCCCCUUCAGUUUAAAUCUCUGUUUCUUUCUGGCAAUUGUGGUAUGUUAAAGCUUUAUUGGCAAAAACGUCAGCUUUAUUAUAACAACUUAAAGCUUUUAAGUCAUCGUAUAGGAAAGUUUAAUACAUCAUUGACAGUGAUUUUCCAGGACAAAGACAGAACAUAAAAGAAAAUCUCUUGAAGUUUGCAGGCACUAAUGGUUAUAUCUGGGUAAGGAACUUCAUGUGUGUCCAAUUCAUCAAUGGAUAUUAAUUUAUUGUUACUUCUUUAUUU